GAAAGGCCCAAACCCACCCGGCUCCGAGGGUGUGUACUGCAGGGAGACGGGCCCCGCCGAGCGGAGCGCGGCGCUGCGGGCACCGCCCCCGGCCGGGCCGGGCGGGGCUGCGUGCGCGGGAGGCGCGGCACGGCGGUGGCGUGGCGGUGGCAGUGGCAGUGCGGCGGCACGGUCAGCUGGCUGGGGAAGCAGUGCGGCGGGACGGCAGCGGCGGGAUGUUCAGCUGGCUGGGGAAGCAGGGCGGCGGGCGGGAGCGCGGCGGCGGCGCCGACGUGGUGCAGACGGUGACCGGCGGGCUGCGGGACCUCUACCUCCGCAAGCUGCUGCCGCUGGAGGAGCACUACCGCUUCCAUGAGUUCCACUCGCCCGCCCUGGAGGAGGCCGACUUCGAGAACAAGCCCAUGGUGCUGCUGGUGGGGCAGUACAGCACCGGCAAGACCACCUUCAUCCGGUACCUGCUUGAGCAAGACUUUCCAGGCAUGAGGAUUGGUCCAGAGCCUACCACGGAUUCCUUUAUUGCUGUAAUGUAUGGAGAAACAGAAGGAAAUGUUCCUGGAAAUGCCCUGGUUGUUGAUCCUAAGAAGCCAUUCCGGAAACUCGGCCGCUUUGGAAAUGCUUUCCUGAACAGGUUCAUGUGUUCUCAGCUACCCAACGAGGUCCUGAAGAGCAUCAGUAUCAUUGACAGCCCUGGCAUUCUCUCUGGAGAGAAGCAGCGCAUCAGCAGAGGCUACGACUUCUGCCAAGUCCUCCAGUGGUUUGCUGAGAGGGUUGACCGAAUCAUCCUCCUUUUUGAUGCCCAUAAGCUGGAUAUAUCUGAUGAGUUUUCAGAGGCCAUUAAGUCAUUCCGGGGCCAGGAUGACAAGAUCCGAGUGGUGCUCAAUAAGGCUGACCAGGUGGACACACAGCAGCUGAUGAGGGUCUAUGGUGCACUCAUGUGGUCCUUGGGAAAGGUGAUCGACACGCCAGAGGUCCUGCGGGUCUACAUUGGCUCCUUCUGGGCCCAUCCCCUCCGAAACACAGACAACCGACGGCUCUUUGAAGCCGAGGCACAGGAUCUUUUCAAGGAUAUCCAGAGUCUCCCGCAGAAGGCUGCUGUGAGGAAACUCAAUGAUCUCAUUAAAAGGGCAAGACUUGCAAAGGUUCAUGCUUAUAUCAUCAGCUAUCUGAAAAAAGAGAUGCCCUCUGUAUUUGGGAAAGAGAAUAAGAAGAAGGAACUGAUCAACAAGUUGCCUGAGAUCUACAUCCAGCUCCAAAGGGAAUACCAUAUCUCAGCAGGGGACUUCCCUGAAGUCAAGAAAAUGCAGGAGCAGUUGGAGAACUGUGAUUUCACUAAAUUUCAUUCUUUGAAACCAAAGCUAAUUGAAACUGUGGAUAACAUGCUGGCCAACAAAAUUGCCUCCCUGAUGAACCUCAUCAGACAGGAAGAGAGCAACAUGCCCACAGAGAUGGUGCACGGUGGAGCAUUUGAUGGCACCAUGGCAGGACCUUUUGGCCAUGGAUAUGGGGAAGGUGCUAAGGAAGGAGCUGAUGAAGAGGAGUGGGUUGUUGCCAAGGAUAAACCUGCUUACGAUGAGAUUUUCUACACUCUGUCACCAAUCAAUGGCAAAAUAUCUGGGAUUAGUGCGAAGAAGGAGAUGGUGACUUCUAAACUGCCCAAUAGCGUCUUGGGGAAGAUCUGGAAACUUGCAGACUGUGAUGGCGAUGGGAUGUUGGAUGAUGAAGAGUUUGCAUUAGCAAAACACCUCAUCAAGAUUAAACUGGAUGGGUAUGAACUGCCGGGCACACUACCUUCCCACCUGGUGCCACCAUCUCACAGGAAACCUUUCCAGACAGCAGAAUGAACAAUACAAGGAGAAGAGUGAAUAUUUUGAAAUUCCCACAGGAAAUGUGCUGAAAAUACCAAAAUUUGAAGUUAAGCUUAGAUCCGUAAACCUCAUAGCACAUUUCACGCGAGCUACUGAAGUCAUAAGCAUGGCAGCAGGGAAAUAUUCGUGUCACUGUCCCUGCUGACCUUCACUCAGACAUGCUUAUCACAAGUGCCUUAUAAUAGCUCUGUCAUAAGGUGAAAAUGUUUCUGUAGUCCUGUGUCCAUGUCUUGCUGCCUUCACAACCAUAAAGCAGAAAAGACCAUGCAUAAAAUUUGCUGACCUUCACCAAACCUAAAUACUUACCAACCCUGUCUCUAAACUAUUCUGAAUAGCACACUGAAGCUCAAAGUGUUAAAUUCACCUGCAUAUGCAAGGAAUAUUUAGAUGCUAAAAAUGUACUUAAGCCAUUGAGUGAAUGUAAGUCUCUCUAUAGUCUAAGAAAAGGCUGAUAUAAAAGGAAAUCCUUUUCUUUCUUUUUAUUGUUGAAUUUGAGUUAGAAAAAGGUAGAAGAAUAAUGAGGAGAGUCUCAUAAGUGCUCAGUGUAUGAGCAAAGUUGUUUUAAAACUUCAGAUUCUAUCUAGAACUGCAAAAUACUAAAUUUUUUUUCCAUCUGUCAUUGUGUCUUAUCUGAAGAAUAGCUUCUUCAGUUUUAUGCACCACUAUAUAUUCAGUAUUAUCAUUAGAACUGAGAUCUCUUUUGUUCCCUGGAUUUAUAGUUUUCUUUGCAGUUUAAUCUUAGCUUCUCUGCAGACAAUGAAUUUCUGAAUGGUUCAAAGUGACAGCAGAAUGGUUUCUUAAGCUGAAAAAACCAUGUUUGCAUUGAAAUUAAGCCUCACUUUGUGUUCAGAAAAGGUGUAUUGCUCAAAUUCAGCCUCCUCAAAGCACAUCAAAUUUUCUCGGGUUAUUUUCAUUGGUAUUUAAUUUCUAUUUACAGCUAAUUAUACAGUUAUGUCUGUGUAUUUUUUAAUAUAUAAUAUAUUUAAGAAAAAAUUUUAACUCUUUUUGCCAACACGUAGCUGACAACCACAAAAGAGAGAUUGAAUUCUCAUGGUGGCAGAUCUGAAGGAUGGGGAGGCUAACAGGAACUGUUACAUUGACUGUAAUAAAUGACAGACUCAUUCCUCCAAAUAUUGCUCCUUUAUUGAAAACAAUCCAUGAAAGGAAUGGAUGCUUAAUAAACAUUUAUUUUCCAACAACAUACAAUCAAAGCUGAACAUACUGUCUGCUUACAACUGAUUUUUAUCAAUACCUUAAAAGAAGGCAAGUCUUUGGCCCUGUGAACUUGAGACUUUCAGGGAGGGCCAGUUCUUUCCUAAAAUCAAAUUUGGCAGCCAGUUCUGGUCUAUGUGUAUGAGCAGGAAUUGACUUGUAUUCCAUUUGUAAUAGGAAAGACCAUACACAUCAAAGGUACUGUAGUUUUCAGCAGUUUCUUGUUAAGUCUCAGUAAGUGGCAGCAGUAAUGCCUUCUGAGACAGAGCAAGCCAAAAAGUGCUUUAACACCCCUGCAGUAGGGGCGGGGAGGAAAUAGUUUGGAUGUUGUCUUCCAGUUAAGGUUUUAGUCACACUUCCAUGUUCAGUUUUUUGUGGGUGAUCUAGGAAAAGUCUUAGCUUCUUUUCCCAAAUCAUGUCUUUGUAGGUUGUCAGUUUCAAUACUUCACAUCUUUCUGGACCUCUCAUCUUUCUGUAUCUGUUCUAUUCUGAGAUGCAAUUUCCAUGAACUUUGUCAGGGCUGUUGCAUGGGAAAACAAUGAUGCUAUUUUAAGUAAUGGCAGAACACCACCUUUACCUUGCCAGGUUUCUGGGCCUGUAUCAAGGAUGUCCUGGCACAGUUGAAUUGUUCUGAGGACUUCAUUUUUUUGGGGUUUGUUUUGUUUUGUUUUUUAAUUCUUAGGUAUUUUUCCUAUCAUUCAAGCAUACCAACUUUAUUUCUGUUAGACCUAAAUUAGGAGCCAAAUUAACCUUAGUGCAUCUCUGUGCACUUUAGUAGACCUGUGAAACUUGACGCUGAGUCUACCUGUGUGACUGUACAUCUGCAGAGUAACUAUUUUCUAUGUAAUUUAUUUUUGAUUGAAAAAAGUAGUCAGUAGACAUUGCAGGUGUUAAGAAAAAGGCUGCAGAAGUAGUAAUGUGUGUUUGUUUGUGGGUAGUGUCUGCAGUCAGUACCACUUCAUGCACUACUGACCAGCUUAGUCCUAGUGACUAGCUUAAUCAGGAAAGGCACCAGGAGAAAGAAUGCAAGCUUGUGUAUUGUGACCACUGGAGUGUAGGCAAAGCUGAGAGGAUCUGGGAAGCUGAUGAUUUUCCGACUCUGCCUUAGCUCGCUUUGCAGCACCACAGGGCUGCAGCAGGGGACUCCUGCUUGAGUUCCCACCACGUGUAGCUUCCAGGGGUGAUGCUCCAGACAUAUUGGAGCCAUGUGAUCCCAUGCCAUUAGAAAUAUCCUCCUUUGGUGAGAAGAGCAGGAUAGUUUAAGUGGUUUUAUUCUAUUUUUCUAGUUUUGUUGGUAGUAAAAUGGAGAACACAGCCUUUUCCUCAGUCUCUGUGGCAAUAUGCUAGCUUGGUCUUAAGGCAGACAAAUUGAAAUACAUCCUUUUGAUACGUUAAAAAAUUUUGCCUAGAUGGGGUUGUAGUAUUUUGCUUUGUGUUCCUGUAGAAUUUGGAAGAUGAAUGCAUAAAGCAUGUGUAGGAGUAGAGGUGGAUUUUCUCUGGCUGUCUGGAGAAAUAGGUGUGUUUCAUGGUUGGCAUACACAGCUACAUAAAUCUAUUACUAGGUAUGUGGUACAGUGAACUAGCAUCACACUUAGAUGAUAGGAAUAAAAUACAUUUCAUGUGAACUUUAAACAGCAGUUUCUUGCACAACUAAACUGAUGGAGUAGAUUGCUGUUGCUCAGGGGAGGGGUUUUCUUCUCAGUACAUCCUCGCAGGUCCAUGAGCCUCCCCUGUUUCCCUUGCUGGCUGCCUGCAAACCUGUUCAGUUAAACCAGCCACACACAAGUGUUUGGAUAAUGUUCUGGGGAGUUGGUGAAUCCGUGUGUUAGAAGCAUGAGAAGUGAACAGGAUUGCCUCUCUCAGGAUAGUAUGCUCUGUUUAUUUUAACAGCAGUAUGCAGUAAUCUUUGGUGUUCAGUUUGUUACUAAUGUCUGCUGAAGAAAGGUGAAGAUGUUGAGUUGGUUGGACAUUUUAUGCCUAGGAUUUUAAUAACGUUUUCUGCAAGAUCAUUCAAAGCUGUCUGUAAUUCAUCCUGUGAAAUCUGUGCCCACUGAUGUAGCCUACUAUCUUAAAGUAGAAACUGCUGCUUUUAGCUUUUCUCCAACUAUUCCACAACACAGUUUCAAUUUACAACCCUAGUUCUAUUCCUUCAGAAAUUAUGAGUUUUUGUUCCAGAUUGGAACAGAAAAUGUGGGGCUACAGUUCCUAACCACAAUACAGGACACUGAGAGACUUGAAAGCUGUGACAGCUUGAAAUUGGAGAGUUUACAAAGAUUUUAAGUCAGGUUGAGGUCCCGUUUGUUAAUUGGGUGUGGUGUGGAUUUGUGUGGAACCUGGUCUCAAAGCAGCAGGCAUGUGGUCCCUGGCUUUCAAUAUUGUUUAUUGCCAGCACUUGAAAUGCACCCUCUUUUCUUUCCAUCACUUUCUUCCCUUCAAUAUGUGCACUCAUUUUAGUGGCUCUUUAAAUUGUUGGAUCUCAAGUAGAGUUUGAAGUGUAUGGUUUGAUGGAUAUGUGUAACUUAGCACUGAGGAAUGAUCAUGAACUUAAUUUUGUAUUUCACAUGCUCACCUUUUUUAAUAUUUUUGUUAAACACUGUUUUCACUUAAAAGGCACUCUGAUUUUUGAGGAAAGGCUUGAUCUGUGCAGUGUGCUUCAGUUUGCACAACUAGGCAAACGAAGUUGUAAGUUCAUUAUUGUUGCACUUUUAUUACACAGUAAAUUCUUUGCAGAUACUGUAAUAUAUUUUAAUAUGCUUUGUAAUCAUUUUUAGAAAGCAGUGAUAAAAAUUGCUGAUUUAAUAAACUAAUAUUGAACUACCUGA